CGACAAAUCAUCCCUUCCCCUUCGUCAUACCCAUCCCCCGCCCCGUCCCACACAACCAUGGACGCCGUUGACUUGAACUGGUGCUUGACUUGCGGAUGCCGCAUCGAACUCGAUGGCAACUCGCAAGCAUACUGCUCUCCCCAGUGCCACACAGCAGAGAUGGGCUCGUCUUCCGCCCUCAAACACUACCCCUCUUCACGACAAGUAUCAUCAUACUUCUCCGACCCCCUCGACGACGAGGUGUGCCACAUCGAAGACUGCUCCUUCGACGCCCAACUUCCAUCAUCCCCUUCUCACUCAUGGAUCGGCCGUGGUGACGCCGGCAUACUCGACUGGGCCCGCUCAGUGCCGACAGGCGCUCCAUCUGACGACGAGCCCGCAACGCUCACAAGGCCGAAGCUGCUCUCCCUCGCGAACGGCCCCGUCAAGCCUUCCCUCUACAUGUCCCGCGCCCAGCCAGCACCACCAGAGCCCUCCCGCCCCAUCCUUACGCCGCAACAGUCGUUGCCCUCGCUCUCGCGCGACUCGACAUCCCUCCACUCCACAAGCGUGGUCUCCCUUACCACCGAUUCCUCCUACUCUCUCGCGACGCCCGCAACAGGAUCUGUGGUCGGCUCGCUCGCGGCAUUCGACACCGCACGCCCAAUGGGCGGCAAGGGACUCUUCAGCGGCCUGAAGGCGCAGUUGCGCGUCUUGAGCUCGACGACCUCCCUCAAGGAGAAGCAGCGGUCGAGCACGGUCACCCGCCGCGACACGGAUGCCGCCUCAGCGGCCAGUCGCGCCCCGAAAACCCGACGGGCACCGUCACCCGUCUCGUUCUACCACAUGCCGGAGGAGUACCUCCCAGUGAAGCGGAAGGAGGCCGGAGCAAAGGCGGCGGCGACGAAGGAAAAUGCGCACCCAGCACCGGUGAGCAAGUAUGCGACACCAGCGGUCGAGGAUCACCCCGCGUACCGCGCACGCGGACGCAAGCCCUCUCGCUUCGCCUCAUGAUCGCCUCGCCUCCCCUUCAGUCUCCGCCUCGCAUACAUCGUCUAUAGACGACGUGCACGCACGCACGUCUUGUACAGUAUUUAUCCCCCGCGCUCGCUCUCGCUCUGUUUUUCCUCUGCUCUCGCCACUGGGAUUGGCAAAUAGGAAUCCAAUCCCCCGCCGGCCGGCGCCGCCAUCGCGGCGAUCGCCCCGAGGUCCCCCACACCUCCCAGCAGGCGCAUGCGCUCACACACAAUCUUCACCUCCCUGCCGGCACAAGGACCUCGAAAAGAUGACGCACGCCCUCGCUGCCUCUUGCCCCGUUCCGCUCUCGCACAUGGACUUGCACAUAACACCCAUCAUCAAUGCAUUAUCCCCCUAGCCUACUCGAUCCACUACCCCUCCACGCCACCACCACUCGCUCACGGUCCGCUUGUCUUGUUCCCCUCCGCCCCAGCUUUCCCCCGCAUACCUAACAUCUUUCGUUCACAUUUACCUCAUCGCACGCGUUCCCACUCAUUCGGCCCACACAUGCAUGUCUCGAAAAUCCCCCCACCGUCCGAUACCUGUCUC